GGAAAGAAAAGCUGAACUGCAGGAAAGUGACCUGUGCCGAGGAGUACGCCGUUAGGAAUCGUGUGCAUGCCUCUAAACCCUGAGUGGUUCUCCGUUCUGUAUCCUUCGCCUCCCACUGGGUGGAGUAGGUCUUUUAAGAGCAGCUGGAAUGCAGCUCCCCUGAUCAGUGUAGCCAGUUGUUGCCUGUCUGAACCUCUGCCAGUCCUAGAGAGCCGUGCUCUGAGCUCAAACCAGAGGGCCACGCUCUGCACCCCUCUCCACCGUCCUUCUCGCCGCAGCCAGAAGAAAGUUCCCACCUGCCCAGCUAUGGGGGAGGACGCUGCGCAAGCCGAAAAGUUCCAGCACCCAGGUCCUGACAUACGGCAGGAAAAGCCGGGCAGCUCCAGCCCGGCGCCCUCCUCCACGCCGAGCCCCAGCCUGAACCCGGGGAGCACGGAGGAGGCCAUCCGGGACAACGCGCAGGUGAACGCCGUCACGGUGCUCACGCUCCUGGACAAGCUGGUGAACAUGCUGGACGCCGUGCAGGAGAACCAGCACAAGAUGGAGCAGCGGCAGAUGAGCCUGGAGGGCUCCGUGAAGGGCAUCCAGAACGACCUCACCAAGCUCUCCAAGUACCAGGCCUCCACCAGCAACACGGUGAGCAAGCUGCUGGAGAAGUCCCGCAAGGUCAGCGCCCACAUGCGCGCCGUCAAGGAGCGCUUGGAGAGGCAGUGCGCGCAAGUGAAGCGGCUCGAGACCAACCACGCCCAGCUCCUCAGGCGCAACCAUUUCAAGGUGCUCAUCUUCCAGGAAGAAAAUGAGAUCCCUGCCAGUGUGUUUGUGAAAGAGCCAGCUUCCAGCCUAGCGGAAGGGAAGGAAGAGGAGCAUGCUGAUGAAAACAAGUCCCUGGAGGAAACUCUGCACACAGUGGACCUCUCGUCCGAUGAUGAAUUGCCCCAUGACGAGGAGGCCCUGGAAGACAGUGCAGAGGAAAAGAUGGAAGAAAGCCGGGCAGAGAAAAUAAAAAGAUCCAGUCUCCGGAAAGUGGAUAGCCUCAAGAAAGCAUUUUCUCGCCAGAACAUCGAAAAAAAGAUGAACAAGCUGGGGACAAAGAUUGUAUCUGCAGAGAGGAGAGAGAAGAUUAAGAAAUCUCUCACUUCCAAUCACCAGAAAACAUCCUCAGGGAAAAGCUCCCCCUUCAAGGUCUCUCCCCUCACUUUCGGUCGAAAGAAAGUCCGAGAGGGAGAAAGCCCUGCAGAAAAUGAGACCAAGUCAGAAGACAUGCCUAGCAGUGAGGUGCCGAAUGACCACGAGGAGAGCUCAUUCGCGGAGGGUCUUUCCGAAGCAUCCCUCACCAGUGUACUGGUGGAAGGGAAGAGCACGGAGGGGGAUGCUGGGAGGGCGGCCUCAAGAGGGAGUGACUCGGCCAUGGACAGCAACAUCGACUUGACCAUUGUGGAAGAUGAAGAAGAAGAGUCGGUGGCCUUGGAACAGGCCCAGCAGGUGUGCUAUGAUGGAGGCUACGUGCUAACCUCCCACGAGGCAGAGCGGUCAGAUGAGGAGCCGGUGCAGCCAGCUGUGCUCCAGGUGGACCAGACCGCCUAAAGGCACAGUGCUCUGUGCCCAGCCUGUGCUUUCAGUUUAGUGGGUAACCAGAGCCUAGAAACAAACUCCUGUACAUCUCCAGCACUCCCCACUCACACCGUGUUACCGUCCAGGUAGUCAUCAUUUACUACACAGUAGGCGCACACACGUGCCCGAGAUUUACUAUGAAGGCAACCUGUCAGGGUCUACACGUCUAAUUUACUCUUAGGUUCCAUUUCUGUAGUUCUCCAAGACUGCCCAGAAGAAGAAAUGGAGCAGUCAAAAAACACUGAUCAAUUUGGCUAAGUCAGAAACAUCAGAGGCUACGUAAGAUGCUAAUCAUGAAAUGUGAUUCAUUUUUUGUCAUUCCAUAAGCUUGCUGAAUAAGCGUACCACUAAUAUAUUGAAUUUCCAUAGAAUUCUGUGAAUCUAUAUUCUUUAAGUGUGUGAUAUAUAAUAUACAUAUGUAUUUAAGCUAAAGAGAUAACUACUUUAUAUUUCAAGAAGAAAACACUUUUCUUAAAAGGUAGAAGAGAAAGUUGGCUAUUUACUUAGUAGAAAACAUUGUUUAUUGAAAAUGAAGGAGAAAUUGAAAGACUAUAAUGUUCAGCUAACGAAGUAAGAUAUGUAGAAAAGUUGGUACUAUUAGAAAAAGAAAACUAAGGAGAAGUUGGAAAAUAAAAGAAACAGAAACAAAGAAUGGCAAAGAGAAUGAAGACAAAGAGAAAAAAGCAUGUGCUCAAAAGUAAAAUAUUUACGAUAUUAGUUCAAGUAUUUACUCAUAUAACAAUGCUGAAGAAAUUCAUUUAUCCUAGAAUAAUAUGUUAUAUCUUCACAAUAUUUUUAUUUUCUAAUAUUUUCAAAUAAUCUAAAAAAACAUUUUACUGUGUUAAAGCUGCAUUUUUUUCUUAAUAAAAUACAUUACAAAUAUUUCUCUAAGGAAGUUCAAAAGGAUGUCUCUUUAACAUUGGAAUGAACAUAAAUCUUCAAAAUUAAUUAAUACAUACUGCCUUUUGUAGGAAGUUGGAUCGUACUAUUCUUUAAUGUUUUCCAAAUUUGAAAUAAUCCUUACACUUCAAAUGAUGUAAUGUAGGUUUGUAACACGUUAGAAUCAACAGGUUUGGGAAGGGAAAGAGUCGAGUUUUCCUUUUUUGUACAUAAUGGUAAUUUCAUUCCAGGUCAUAUUUUAUUUAUAUAUUAAUUUCACAGAAUAUUAAUAUGUUUCUCAACUUCUUAAAGCAUGCUAGUGUUUAUGUGUAUGUGCACAUUUACUCAGACAGGGUAAUUUUCACUACUGCCUAACAUUAUACUAAAAUAUUGCUUUAUUUUUAAUUACAGAAUGGUAAUGUUUUGAGAAAACCAUUACGGUUUAAAGACAGUUGUACCAGAGAGCAAAUUCCCUACCUUUAGUAUGUACCACUCAUUAUAAGUAACCUUACAAAUACAGCUAAUCUAAAACAGUAUUAACAAACUAUGCUUUGCCUUAUAACAGGGAUAGGAUUAACAAAUGUAUUGAUGGCAUAACUGAUACAGCUGUGUCCUUAUUUUGCAAUAAUGUACCCCAAAUAUUAGAUUGUUGAACUAACAAUGGCUGUGUUAAAGAAGACUAAAUAAACCAAAAAAUAAAAAGUACAUAACAAUGUCAGUUUCUUGGCAGAAAACUUUAAAAAAAGCAGAAAGAAUUGAUUAUUAAACUCUCCUCCAAAUGUAGCCGUAAUGUUGAUUUUUUAUUCUUGAUUUCCCCUAUUAAUUCUGCUUUCUUUUUUCCCCAAUCUCAUUUAGAAAUCCAAGUCUCACUCUCCAAGUUUAACUUUCUUGACAUCACCUUGCCAGCUCUGGAGAGCAUCUGAAUUUAUUGUAGCAGCUUGAUGAAUUUGAUAGUUCCAUCUGCAUUUUUAUUAUUUUGUACCAGACCUUAUAAUACCUUAAAUAGCCCUGCAAACAUGAAUGUAUUGAACUGUAUGUUCAGUUUAUUCACACAGAUACACCUUUGUCUUCUGCACUGCCAUCCAGUUGGUAGAAGACUAAAUUUCACUCAGGGCCCUGAACAUGCCUGUUUAACCUUUACAAAGUUGCUGUUACUCUUUUGCAGCCAAGGAGUUGGGCCAUUCAGAGCUAAUGCAAGGUUUACAUUUCCUUUUCAAAAAUGCUUAUGUUAUUUGUUCCUAGAAACUAUCUGCAUGUCAGGCAUCUUUUUAGAUUUGACUGACAGACAUUUAUUCUCUGUUCCUCAUUUGAAACAUUAAAAUCCUAACCAAUGGAACAGAGAAUUAAGCCAGCUAAUUGUUGGAAAACACAUACUGUAGGGAUUAGAGAGAGCAGCAGUUGUGGAAAUGAAAACUAGUUAUUCUGUUUAUUGUUGAAUUAUUUGCAUACUGGUGAGGCUACAAAGUCCCCAAAUUAGUUAUGUCUUCUUCAUACCCACCCAAUAACCCAUUCCUAACUUUAUGUGCCUGGAGCUCAAGAACUGGAUUAGUUUUCCCCCAAGGAUUAUACAUUAAUAAGCACUGAGAUCAUUAUCUUAGAAAUAUAAUUCAGGAACAAGAAGUGUCUAUUACACAGAUCACAGAUCUCACAGAAAUAGAGCAACGAUGAGAUUUUUCCAUGAGUUUUUAUUUGUAAAAUAUAUAGACAUAUAUAUUUCAACAGGAAUAUUUUCUUCUUUCCCUUUCCACUUACGAAUCUAGUACAUGGCUGAAUUUCUUUUUAUACAUGAAAAUAAAAGACCCACACUAAGGCCAGUUCUGCACAAAAUAAAUAUUUUUUUCUUACAUUUAUUGUAAGAUGAAAGCCCAAAAUGUUUCUGCUUUUAGCAAUGCUCAUGCAGAAGAACAAGGUUUGAACCUCCUGCAUUUCAGUUCACUAUCAGGAAACUAGAAGCUCCUUUGACAUAGCCAAGCCACUAGUGUAAGUAAAGGUUAUAAUGAAAGUCAUUUCCUACAUUAAGACACUAAUGCCCAAACCCAGUUAAUUCUUGCUCAAAAGUUUGUUUACUGCCCUACGGCCUAAGUCUAAGUGAUUUUAUGUUGGAGAUUAGGAGUAUGAGGAAUUGAGGUAAGGGUGGCAAUCAUUAUUAACAGUUCCAUAGCAACCACAAGUCUUUUCCUAAGACUGCAAGACUGUGACACUGCAAAACAAGUUUCAGAUCAAACUGGCACUGAAGCUUUGUAUUCUCCUUGAUCUGGGUGUUGAAAUAGAGACUUCUGCAGCCAGGACCUCAUUCCUAAAGGGAACAGGCAGUAACUCACAUUAUUAAAGAUACAUUCUUCUUAUUUUUGUUUUAACCAUUGCAUUAUCCUGUAGUAUUUGAAACUCUAAAAUUAUCUUUAACUCUCCACACAAACUGCCCCAAUUACGAAGCUACACCUUUAGCAAGACAGCUUGAUAUUCAUAUGCUUAAAGACUUUCCACUGUAAAAUCAAUUCAGUAAAUAUUUAUUGAGCAAUACAACCAUCUGUCCUUCCCACUUGGAAAUUCGUAGUGCCCAAAGCAGGAAGACACAAGCAUGGGGGAGAGAGAACAUUUCUGAUAGCUUACUUUACGCCAGGCUGGGCACGCCAAUGGUCAGAACUGUGUACCUACCACAGGCUAGACACAAACAUUAUCUCAUUUAAUCAAAUGAAUCCUAUUAGAAAGGUACUGUUUUUAUACCUGAGACUUUUGAUGAGGGGAGCGAGGGAACUACAGAGUUCUUAACCACUCUAAGUUCUCACUCACCAUGUUACAAUUUAACUAUUUUUCCCUUGAAGGUCACAGAGUUAAAAGACUUGUCCAAGUUCACAUAACUGUUGAGUGUCAGAGUCAGUGCUCAACCCCACUCUGAAAUCCAUGCUACUGCCAAAACAAGACUCCUAAUUGUAUCACCCAACUGUGCUUCACUAUGAAUCACUUUAUAAGCUCUCUGAUGGCGUGGUAUUAACUUCAUUUUAUCGCGCCUUAUACAGCAUCACAGAGAGCUGCACUUUGUAAAUGAUUUUAAUGAUUGUCAUACUAAUGCUAAGAAAAAACAGCUCACGAUUCUUGGGGAGCCACAGAGAGACUGUUAUUCAGGUCUGCUGAGGCCACAGAGGGGCUCCUCAGCUCCUUGGCAUUGUCCAUUGUCAGUGGCCGCAGGGUUCACUGUGGGGCACAGUUUAAUAAGCGCAAGCUGUCAACAGAGAUAGAUACUAGAAUCAGCUAAUUCAAAGAUGGCGCAAGAAGUCUGCCUCAAACUCCAAGUUAAAGGAGUCAGACUCCUGUGCCAUGCUAGAGAAACUGCUUUAUCCCGCCUGGACACAUCCUCUCACAGGCUGAAAAUAUGAGCAAACGGCAAAUCAGCAUGGGGUGGGGACGUGUGGGUGUUUGGGAAGUAAGGUGAACCGUGACGAUAUGGAGACCUGGCCUUUGAAGAUGAUUCCUGCAAAACAGUCCAGCUGUCUUCUCAACGUAAAAAAGGAGCUACAUCAAGCAAAUGCUGGUGCAAGCAAUCAAAGAAAACCCUCCAGGCCAGCCCUCAUUCAUCAGGAUGUAUGCUGAAGUCAGUGGCUUCUUCCAAGGGCUUAGGCAGUGGUCACAAACUCAAAAUGCCUGAAGGGCUCACAUAGAAGUAACAUGGUUCGAGGUGGUGGCAGCAGUUGUGGCAGAGCAGUUACAAGUGGGCCGUGACCUCUCUUAUGGGACACCUUCAUCCUUCACCAGUCUGAAGGUGGCGCAUUUGCUAAUUCCCAGAAAGUGACGGUACAUUCUAGGAGCCACCCUGAAUUGUGGUAAACUGGCAUCUACCACCCAACUCCAUUUGCCAUGUGAGAAGUCAGGCCCGGUGUUGCCAAAGCUUCAACUUCUUUUAAGAAGAGCCAAAAUUCAGAUUUCUUUUUUGCAUGAAAAGCUCCUGGCUUUUAAUUUCUGGCAACUAGCUCAAAUCAUUUUAAUCACUGUUUGAGCCAACUGGAACUAUCUGCUGGCCUGUAGCCUCGGCACAGGCCAUCAGUUUCUGACCCCUGGUCUGUAAGUGAACACUCUUGGGUUUUCCUUCCCCACCUGGACGCACAGACAUGGGAAUAGAAAGCUACCAACAGGAUUGGAUUUGCCUUGAGAAAAAGCACAAAAUUUUUCUUAGGGAAAUAGAAAAUGCAAAAAUGCCCUUGCCGGAACUUGUAAGAAAUUUUCUCUUGCCACUUACUGCAUUUGUGAAAAGAUUCCUGUUAAUGCUGCAUAGUCAAUGCACUGAGGAGACAGUCACCAAUCACACUGAAAGGUGGUUAUAUGUUCUCUAAUGGGAUAGCACCACUUCCUGUUAUUAGCAGCACUACCUACCUGUGGGUUACCUGCAGAGCCCCUGGGUGCCAACGGGAUUGGUAUUUUGUUGGGGUAAACUGAGCAUAUAAUGUGACUAUUCCAUUUCUAUGUUCCAGUAGAAAAAUACCUACUCCUAUCAAUAACCUGGAGGUCCUACAGAUGACAAAAAGCAAGUCUGCACCCUGCUCUGCCGUAUUUCAUAGCAAAAUGGCCAGCCGACACUCCAUUUCUUCAACUCUUUAUUGUUAGUAAUGAGGUACUAAAGGAAAAGAACACAGCUCAAUUUUCUGGAUGCUAAAUGGAGACUUCAGAGCUCAGAGUUGGGGAAAAAAAAAACUGAUACCGAUUUAGCACAAGGGGAAAGAUGUCCUUUGUUAAGGAGAAACUUUAUGCUUGCAACCACUUUAAGCUCUAUGGAAACACAUGGAUUAGCUAUGUUCUCCAAGGUCCAGUGCAGGUUAAUCGUAUCCAGAACCCCAAUGACAUGCAGAGAAAGGCAGUUUAUUCUGAGCAAUGUGCCCUUAUUUGAAAAAUCAAAUGUCCUAGGAACUUUAAAUCAAUAAUUUUCAAUUCCUACAUAAUAAAAAGGAAGCCCCCCCCCCGCCACCUUCCCUCUCAGGAUGGAUGGAGAAAAGGAAUAUCUUAGCUUAUGGGAUUGCCCCAAAAAUUAACCAGAGAAAGGGAGACUGAUGUACCUUGGGUGUAAUUCCAUUAUCUCUUUAGUUCUCUCUCUUUUUUCUUUCUACUAUCACUCUUUUUAUUGUCAGAGACCAAAAGAUAUUUUCCAACUACCUUGUAGCUAGACUUUUCAGAGAUUAAACGAAAGUAGUUAGGCCUGAAUUAUCCAAUAACUGCAGGGUGUUUUUAAUCUGCAAGAAACAUUUCCCCAAUAAAGGUAUCCAUUUUAUUAACAUUUAUUGGGCAUCUAUAUGUGCCAGGCCCUGUGCUGGGUCUGUGGAUAAGACUGACAAGAGAAGAGUCUUUGCCAUCUAGGAACUUUCUAUCUAUUGAGCAAGGGGAAAGUGCUGGGAGCCCCCUACAUAAAUUAGAAUUUACAGAAGCAAAGCAAGAAGGAACAAAUAAUCUGCAAGAAAAAUAAAUCUUCAGCCUUAAGGAAACUGUUAUUUGAGAAAUAGUCACACAAGAUAGUUAAUGGAGAUCCUGUAGCUCUGCUGUGUAACAUACCAUAAAUUUCCAGAAUGGAGAUAGAAGGAAUCUAAACAGUACAAAGUACAGUUGUGUGGAUGUAAAGAAUACACAAGAGUAGAGAUUUCUCUGUGCUAAAGUGUGAAACAAAAUGGUGGAAGGGAGACUCUGAGUGGAAGAAAACCUAUAGUCUUUAAAAACGCAACAUUGACAGCAAGCACAUUCAUUUGUUUUAAUUCGCAAGUAAGUUUUGAGCACAUACUGUAUACCAAGACUUGUGAAGGUACGGGGUUCACUGGUUCACUGCAAACCAAAAAGACAUGCCCUUCCCUCCUGCAAUCCCAAUGUGCCCUGGAAUAAAC